GAAUGUAUAAUUUUACAGCUGAUACAAUUGUGCAUACGAAAACAAUGAACUGUUAAAAAACAAUUCUCUUAAUUAAUUUGCGCCUAACAACUUUUUUGGUAUAUUUCGAUGCCAUUACCGUUUCUUGGAUUUCCCAGUCGAACUCUGUAGAUAUAUCAACUUGUUAUGAUGUAAAUAACCAAAACCCCAGUGAAAAAAUUUAUACCCAUUUUCAACAAUAAGUCGAAGAGUGUUGGCUGCAGAUUCACAGUGAUCAGACGUGCUUUCAGUGUUUAUUAAAAAAACCAGUUUGGUUAAAGCAGGAGUUAGAUAGUCUGCGUGUUUUUUGUUUGUUUAAUCUCCGUCUAUUGAAGAGAAUUAGACCUUUGAAGUCAAUACCCUCAAGUUAAAUGGGAUUAUAGAGAAUAGAUAAUUAAAUUUUUUUUCUUGAGUGCACAAAUUAAUCAUAAGCACUCAAUAUGACUGUUAUUGCCUAUACAAAUAUUUUCCAAGGAACGUUACCUCAGUUAAUUGCAGUUUUAGCAGCUACCUUAAAUGCAAUAAGUGAUGGUAUGCAAUAUGGAUGGACAGCACCAGUUAUACCAAUACUCAUGGGGGAAGAUUCUCCUCUACUUAUAACGGAAUUUCAAGGCGAAUGGUUGGAAACUUUUGUAUGGAUUGGAUCUUUAUCAUGUCUCCCGCUUACUAUGUAUCUCGCUGAUAGGAUUGGCCGAAAGAACUCUAUUCUCCUUGCAGCAUUCCUAACUUUGAUUGUUUGGAUAAUAAUUGCUUUUGCGCCUUCUAUUGAGUUUCUCUACUUAGCUAGAUUUCUAGCAGGAACCGCUAGCAACACAGCUUAUGUUUCUACUCCUAUGUACAUAGCCGAAAUUGCAGAACAGAAAAUUAGAGGUUUCCUCAGUAGCUUAAUUUAUUUAAUGAUGCUUUUGGGUAUAUUCGUAAUAUACGCUGUCGUACCUUUUAUUCCAUACUGGGCUCAUUGCACAAUCGGAGCUAUUUUAGCUAUAUUAGAAUUGAUUAUUUUUCCAUUUAUGCCCGAAAGUCCUUACUAUUUGGUAUUCAUAAAUAAACCUGAAGAAGCUAAGAAAUCGUUGAAAAGACUUAGAUCCUCUAAAUGUGAUAUAGAUCAAGAGUUGAAUGAAAUUAAAGUAGCAAUAGAAAGACAGAAGACUGACAAGGAUAAAAUUUGGGAUUUAUUUAUAGUUCCCAGCUACCGUAAAGCUGUGAUAAUUAUGUUUAUUCUGAAUGGAGCGCAGCAUUUUAGUAGUAUAAGUGUUCUUCUUAUGAAUCUACAUAUUAUUUUGGGAGCAGCUGGUUCUAUUUACAUGGAGCCUUCAUCUGCUGGCAUUUUAUUUGCCUUCCUAUUACUCUUUGCUGCAUGUAUAGCUUCCGUUUCUGUGGACAAAUUUGGUAGACGGAGUUUACUAAUAAUAUCAAGUAUUUUAACUGGUAUAAGUUUGUUGGUACUUGCUAUUUAUUUCACUUUAAAACAUUCUGGUUACGACACAGCUUCGGUCAGUUGGAUACCUAUUGCCAGUGUCAUGAUAUAUGCUUGUGUAUUUAAACUAGGCUUAGGUCUAGUACCUAUAGUACUUGGCCCUGAGCUAUUUCCUGCAAAUGUUAAAGGAUACGGUAUGACGUUAGUUGAUGCUACAUACGUGAUAGCUUCUCUAUUGUCACUUCAAUUGUAUCAAAGAUUGGGUGACAAUUAUGGAUUAGAGUAUCCGUUUUAUGUAUUUUCCAUUUGCUGCUUUUUCACAGCAAUAUUUAGUUAUUUUGUUAUUCCAGAAACUAAAGGGAAAACAUUAGAAGAGAUACAAAUGGUUCUGAAAGGAGAGAGUAUUGAAAAGAAAGUUGAGGGUUGUGCGUAAGAUAUAGUGAUAUUAAUUAGGAAGUUAUUAAAUAAUUUGUUGUACAUAGUUUAUAUAAUCUGUAAUGAAAACUUAUAGGCAUUCAGUGAAUACGUUAAUUCAUAAUAUUACAUAAUUUACUUGUAGUAUUAAUUUUAAUGCAUUAGUUUACACUAAAUUGUAAUAAUUGUAUUCCCAUUUUCUCCUAUUGCUGAUAUUGUAUCUAACGAGUUGAAUAUUUAAUUUUUAUAUGUCUUCCCAUCUUAUGCUUAGUCAUAGUCUUGGUCUACCUUCCAAUUUUUUUCUCUAUAGAAUCCGGCUGCCGUCUCUCUAAGGCUUUUAUUUUCAAAUUUUCUUCUAAUUCCUCAACUCUUAUAUUUCUUUAUUCGUUCUGACCUAUUUUUGUUGGCCUUAUAUUCGUCUUAGCAUUAUCCUGUCGAAUAAGAUAGGAUAGGAUAGAUAUUCAGGUUUUCUUUUUCUUCGCGAGACACAUUGUUUAUGUGGCAUAUGUGACAACAGAUCUAAUUGCUACUCCGAAAAAUGUUAAACUUUAUUUUGGUACUCAAGUAUUUGUCUCUUAUAAAUCUGUUUAUUUUCAGUAUGCUUCAUUUACAGAUACUAUAUGAUUCUUUAUCUCUUCUAAUCUGUUUUUUUUAUCAUUUAUAAUGAUGCCUAAAUAUUUGAAAGUCUUCAUUUGUUCAGAACUAUACUUUCAUAUUUUUAUGUUGGUCUCAAUUCUUUCUCUUCUUGUGCUUAUCAUGAUUAUGUUCUUUCUUUCAUUUAUUUCCAAUACUCUUUCUUUGCCUUUCUUUGUUUCUCCUAUUAUCCUGACUGUCACAUCCUCUUGGGUUUCUUGAUAUUAGUGAUAUACGAGUAUCAUCUGCAUAUGUCAGAUAGUUCUUCUGAUUUCAUUUUUAUUGUUCUAUAAUUAGUGUCUGGGCUUCUAAUAUUUGUUUUUUUCAUCUGCGAUUAAUUUGAUCAGUAUUGUUGGUACUCUCUUUUAACUAUCGGAAGCUCGUUUGAAAUCAUUAAAUGAUGUAUGUUCCCUUCAUUAUUUUACUGGAAAGAUAUAUUAAAAAUACUGUCAUUUCAUUAAAAUUAUGCCCAGAUAAGUAGGAGAUUUUUUUAAAACGAAUAUCGAUUGUCUGCGUAAGUACGUUCCCAAAAUUGUUUUUAAAUAAAUUGUUUUUGGCGAA